AUGCCGGACAAAUGGGUAGAUUGGUCCAAGAACGUGCGGUCUAAGAACUAUCAUGGCUCGGCCUCGUUCGCGACCUUUAUGAUCAUCGGGCGCAUCCUCUUCGCCGAAUUCCCCUACGACUUCCCGCUCCUCUGGACCGCGGACCCGAUCCCGCCCGCCUACCUCGACCAGCUCGAAACGCACCUAAAGUUCGUGCACCAGUCGCCGCCGCUCAUCGCGCGCCUGCUCUCCAUCAUGAUCGGCACGGGCUUCCUCGGGUUCUUCAUCAAGCUCUUCCGCGCCUCCGAGUCCAACAUGCUGUUCGACGGCGCCUCGCUCGUGCUGUACCUGAUCGGCGUCGGCGUGUAUAUCUCCAACAUCGUCAAGGGCCUGCGGUUUGUGAGUGCGGGGGUCUGGCACCAGGAGGGCUUUGCUGAGACGACGCACUUGACCUCGAACGGGCAGGCGGGCGAGGUCGUGCUGGGGCGUGAGGAUAGUCUGAAGGUCAUGGCUGCCAGCAACACCAUCCUGGCGCUUGUCUUGGUGGGGGUUUUGGUGCUGCAGGCUGGUCAGUGGUACGCUGAGCGCAAGGAUAAUGAGGACUUUGAGAAGAUGCAGAAGGAGGACGAUGAUGCUGCUGCCGUGAAGGAGAAGGCCAGGGCCGAGGGCAACGGCAACAGCCAGAGCAGCCCGACGGGCGCUGAGAAGAGGGCGUCCAAGAGGAAAAAUUAG